UUACUCGGUGCUCAACAGUCUGGUGGGGCCUGCCUGCAUCUUCCUGCGGCCCAGCAUCGCCGCCACCCAACUCGUAUGUAUGGCCACUUGCCCACCAGCCCGCCUGCCCUUGCCCCUCGCUUUGCCUCUCCUGCAGCUGGGGGGAAGAGGAUUGAGUGGGAACAUCAGAGCAAAGCCACACAGAUCUGGGGUAGGGGUGCAGAGCGGGGAGAGAGAGCGAUGACUCCAGAAACGGAAGAGAGAUCAACAGUGACACUGAGGCUGGCAGGGCUACAUCUGAGGUUUUGCCCAAACCCCAGAUACACCACAGCAAAGGGAGCCCCUGCCCCAGAAGAGGGUGACAGAGUAGGUGGGGACAGCCUGAGGAGCCACCUGGGCAGCAGCAGGGAAGGGGGCACCUGGUCACCCAAGCCAGUGAGCGGGACUGGGUGGGAACCAGGGCUGAGCAGUCAGAUAGACACAGGCCCUACAUGUGCGUGUUGGGGGCAGGGUUGGGUAGGGAGCCCCCUGAGAAGCAAGAAGGAAGGGUGCAGCCAUCAGGAGCAGCAGGGAACUCCUAACCCCUCUGUGCCCCUUCAGGACCGGGAGCUGCGGCCCGAGGAGAUUGAAGAGCUGCAGGUCGCCUUCCAGGAGUUUGACCGAGACCGAGACGGCUACAUUGGCUGCCGGGAGUUGGGGGCCUGUAUGCGGACCCUGGGCUACAUGCCCACCGAGAUGGAGCUCAUCGAGAUCUCACAGCAAAUCAGUAUGUGCCUCAAACCUGUCCGUGGCGGGAAAGUGGACUUUGAAGACUUCGUGGAGCUGAUGGGCCCCAAGCUGCUUCGGGACGCCUUCCGGGAGUUUGACACCAACGGGGACGGCCGCAUCAGCGUGGGCGAGCUCCGGGCAGCCCUCAAGGCCCUGCUCGGGGAGCGCCUCAGCCAGCGGGAGGUGGACGAGAUCCUCCAGGAUGUCGACCUCAAUGGGGACGGCCUGGUCGACUUCGAAGAGUUUGUGCGAAUGAUGUCUCGCUGAGCCUGUACGGAAGCUGGAGGCAGCAGACAGGACUCAAGGACCACAGCCUCUGCCUACUAGCACAUCCCUUGAAGCCCAUCAUCGCCUCCAGCAGGGAUCCUCCUCUCCCCAACCCACCUGUGUGCAGUGCCCUUGCCUGCUCCUCCAAUAAAGCCGCCUGGCCUCGUCUCUGU